AUGGAAGUGUUUACAGAACUGCCUGCUGAAGAGACAGUUAUUCAAAAAGAGAAUGCUGGAAAAAGCAACAGCCAAAUGAUCACGUGUCAUCCUCAAGAGCCAUCAAUUUCCUCAGCUGAGGAAUCAAAAUAUGUGGAGAUUUACGAUUACCCUGGAGGGACAGGAGAGAAUCCCCAGACUCUAAAGCUGAAUCUAGAACGGAAUGGAAGUAAAGUGCCCUUUAUCAGAACUAAAAAUGGACCUUGCGAGAUCAGUGAGAUUAACAGAUUGGCUAACAAAAUCUUGGCAGACAAAUAUGCAAAUCAAGAAUCUCUGGAUUAUACUUCUAAAAUGGAAGGCACUCUUUCCCCCAUGGGGAUGAAAGCUGAUGAGGUUGGGGAAAGGAUCUCUGGCAUCAGUUCAGAAGGGUCUGAGAACACUCUGUCCCCUAGUAUCUCCAAUGUUCAGCUUUAUACACAUGGCUGCCCAGAAUCAUCAUCAUCAUCUUGUCCUUCACCAAUACAAAAUACAAGGAAUUUUCCAAAAAUGGAUGACUUAGAAAGAGGGGGAAAAACCUCAUCUUCGUUUGGGUAUGACAGCGAUGAAGAUGAUGAAGCAGACUGCAAAGAAAUCUGUCUGAGCAAUGAGAGAGGAAGAGGCAGGCAUGCUUCACAGCUAUUGCAACCACAACCCAGCUAUGCCAGUGAAAGCAACAAUAGUAAUAAUGAUGAAGCACAUUAUAUUACCACCCAUGAAAUACAGCUUAGUGAAGUAGAUCAUGACAUGGAUUUUGACUAUGGAUUAGCUUCUCGAUGGGACUUUGAGGAUAACAAUGUUAUUUAUUCCUUUGUGGAUUAUGCUUCCUUUGGGAGCGAAGAAACGCUUGCAGACACACAAACAGAAGAGGAUAAUAGCUGUUAUCUCAGCACAACCACCAGUGAUCCUAAUAAUCAGACAGACAGUAUUGAUAAUACCAGCAGUACAGAGAUAGUCAGCAUUAAUUCUGAAAAUGAUACUCCAAGCACAGACAAAUGCGCCAGCUCGGAAGAAAGUCAGUCCAAGAACCUCUGCAACAUGAGUGAGAAUUCUGCAGGCCAGAUACUCCUAUCAAUCAAACCAACUUCCAGGGCUAUAAAUGAGCCUAGCAACCAGCAUGAAAAGCAAAACAUUAUUUAUGCUGCCAAGCAUGAAGGCGACAUGAGCCUCUGUGUCUCCACAGCUCAUGAACGAAAUUCAAGUUUCAAACAAGAUGUGUUUCAUGACUAUGCAAAAAAGUUUAUUGCAGUUCCUGCACAUUUGCAAACAAGGUGUGCAGCUAUAAAAGCAAGAGAAUUGGGUGGAUAUUCAAGUGGUGCCUCCAGUGUGGUAAGUGAGUUGGAUGAUGCAGAUAAAGAAGUAAGAAGCCUGACAGCAAGGGCAUUUCGGAGCUUAGCUUAUCCCUACUUUGAUACCCUGAACUUGAGUUCCAGUGAGUCUUCCACAUCUCUUUCAGAUCACAAUCUAGGAAUCAACCGAUGGUCAACUUACUUGGAUUUAAAGUGCAGCAGUCUUGGACAGAAAGCAGAGCAGAAUCUUUUCAAAAGCAGCGCUGCAUCUGCUGGAUGGAAAAGAAACUCUGGGACUAAAACAGCCAGUGACCAUUUCUACAUUCACUCCAAUAAAUCACAGACUAAAGCAUUGGAAUUUGUUGUCAGUAAACUUGAUGGAGAAAUAACGCAUGUUGAAACACCACGUUGCUUUGAAAAACAGGUCCAGGCAGGCUCCCGAGUUGUUACUUUGCUGGAGACUUUGAAUUUCAGCAGCAAUAUUAAUGCGGGUGUCCCCAGACCUGCUAAACCUUCUGAAAAUGUUGCUGUUGGGUCAAGUUGCACAGAUGAAGUUACAGAAACACUGCCAAAGGAGCAGAGCAAUGAAAUCUGCAAACAAACUGGAGUCGUUGCAGAAACCAUGGAAGGAACGCAGAAGUCAAAAUUUGCAUCUAGCCUCCUCAAAAAUGUUAUUUCAAAGAAGAUGCAACAGGAACAUGAGUUCAAAAUGGAAAGGGGACAGAUCACAGACACCACAUACUCUGGUAUGUCAAAUUCCUCAUCUUCUAAAGAGGUAGAUAGCACCGCCAAGGAGAAAUUAAAGAACGGGGGAUUGCAGAGACAAAAUUCAAGAUAUUCAGAAGGCAGCUCUGAUUGCACUAUUGUAACAGCAGAUGAUUUGGGGGAAUUUUUUGAUAGCAAGUCACCAACCUCCAAGCCCUCUACUCCACGGGAAGCCACUAUUAGCCUAAAUCGAAGCCUUUCAGAAACAUUUUUAGAAGAGGCAUGUAAAAUAAAACAAAGUGCCUCUGAAACACUCAAGGCAACUUUCCUCCGUAGCCAGAAUAGUGCAUUUAGAACAUGGAAAGAAAAAGAAGCAGAGAAAAAAGAGGAAAAAGUUCCUGUGGGAAAACUGAAAACAGGAUUUAAAGGGGAUUGGAAGACCGAUAUGGGAGAAAUCACAGCUAAUAAAGCAACUAAAAUGUCUCGUCUUUUUGUUCCAAAUAUUCAACAAACAGUCAAAGAUAAUAAUAACUUGCAUGUGACAAAAUACUCUACAGCGACAACUGCAGCAGCUCAGACUGCUAUUGCCACCACAGUGAUAAAGCCUAAACCUCCAGAGAUCAAGAUAAGCUUGGGAAGUGUGGAGCAGAACAAAGAUAAUCAUUUCAAUAUUACUAAGCUUCUCAGCCCCAAGAUACCUGGAAAUGCCCCCAAUUUUUUCAAGACAGCUGUUGAUACCAGAUGUCAACUGCAAAAGCAAAUAAAAGGGGAGAUUAUGGACAAACUGCCUCAAUUUCAGGUACGUGAUGUAAGAGAAAAUAAGUCUAAAGUCCAAGGGCCUAUACAUCAGGUGAGAGAUGUCAGGAAAUUAAUCAAGAGUAGCUAUGGUCUUGAGUCAGGGGAUAACCACAGUGACAGAGGUAGUGUUAACUCUGACCAGGGAACCUUUGACCAGAAAUCCAAACAGCUGAUGUCAAUAGGCAUUCCCAGGUCUCUGUCUCCCAUGAUGAUAACUUGUCAGGCAGUUAGUAACAGUAAGGAGGACAAGAAGCCCAACAAAUUUCACGAGAUGGCGCCCAGAAUAAGUAAUGGAGGCAAGAUGCUACCUUCCAACCAAGAAGGAACUAUCCUGGUACACAGGACCUCAGGAAGGCUGCCAGUAGCCACCAUUGCUCCCAACAAGAGUGACCCUCGCCAGCCUGCUGUAUUGAAGAUAGUCUCCAAAACAUCUGUGCCCUGGAGGCAGCAGUCACAUCCACCACCACAGCAGCCAGCGACAACUGAGAAAAGCAAUAAAGUGGGACCACUGGUGGUGGAUGAAGAAGAACCUCUCAAAGAAGAAGAGGUGACCAAGGGAUCUGUCUCAGCAAACCAUAAGGCUCUGCAAAAACUCACAGCAGCAGUCCGGAGCAUGGAAGAGCUAUACAGUUUCAGUAAAUAUGAGUGGAAACGAAAGAGUGACCCAUUACCGAUAACCGACAGCCAUGUCCUCUCCCUCAUUGCCAGCGAAGAGCAAACCACGGGAGCCGUAAGCACCGCCAGGGAAGAAUCGAUGAUGGUUGCCAAGACUGAGGACCAGGAGGGAGCUCAGACGGUGGGAUUAACAAUUUCUCCCAACAGAUCCGCACCAGAACGCCAUCCUCGUGGCAGAUUCACCAACCCAACCAAGAAUGUUGAGAAGGUCUCAGCCAAGACAGCGGCCUUUGAGAGCUUGAGCCGAGAGCGGGCCCGGGGUUCAGGCCUCUACGGCGAAUCUGCCACAAGAAACACCGGGCCUCCUGAGAAGGAAAGAGUCCCUGUGGUCCCCAGGACCACCUUAACUUUUAACGCUCAGGCCCAGAAGGCCAAGCCUCAACCACCAGUGCUCUCGUCUCCUUCCCCGCCUCGAGGCCUCAAAGGCCAGGCCAGGCCUCGCGCCAUCAAGUUAUUUGGCAGCCGGCAAGGGAGCCUGGUGGAACCGGACAAGAACCGCAAGCCCGUCUUUCCCGACUGCGGGAACUACUUGGCCAUUUCGCUCAAGGAGCCGUCCGCGGAGCAACCGGGACCGGUGGCUUUAGGCCCAGGAGGAGGAGAAGGAGGAGCAGCAGCAGCAACAGCAGCAGGAGGCAGCAACCGCGGAGGCCUCGUCGCCACUGCUUCACCCGCUGCUGCCCAGCCUCUCAACCUGGCCCGGUCCGUGGCAGGCUCCAACCCCACUCAGGCGACCCAGCAGCAGCCCGCGGAGGAGCACGCUGGCCCCACCGCAGCCACCACUCAGCCUCAGCCUCCGGCACCGCUGCUGCCGCCCUUGCCGCCGCCGCAGCAACAGCAGCAACUCCAGGCGGCGGUGGCGGCGGCUCCACCGUUGGAAAUGUCUCCUGCGCACAUUUUCCCUCAGGCUCUGUCCCUCGCAGCGGCGGCGGCCGCCCUGACAGGCGCGACUCAGCCGGCGACGCCUUUGCUUUGCUUCUCGCCGCCCGCUGAGCCCGCCGCCUUCCCGCCGACGCAGCGCAAGGUGCUGCUGGACCUCAGCACGGGCCAAUGCUACUUAGUGGACGCCCCGCUGCAGCCCCAGCCGCAGCCCCAGAAGCGGCGCCUCUUUGACCCCGAAACAGGGCAGUACGUGGAAGUACCCUUGCCAGUCCCGGCGCCGCCGCCGCCACCGCAGCCGCCGGCCUUGGCCCCCAUGACCAUCCCCAUGGCGCUGGGAGCGGCCGCUGGGACCUACAGCGCCCCGGCCGCAGCCUACAUGUUCUACCCGGGCUUCCUGCCGGCGGUCCUGUCCGCCAGCGCACUGCAGAGCCAGCUCGCCCAGCAGCCCGGCGGUGAAUUGGGGUCUGUGGCCGCCUCGUCCAGGAGCGCCGCCAGCUCCGCCGCGGAAAGCCCGUAUUACAUGCCCACGGGCACCCCGCAGCAGCCACCGUGCCCGCAAGCGGUUCCUGGCGACGGGAAAGCGCCGCUUAUCAGCAUCACCUCGCAGCCGCUGGGCCCCCGGAUCAUCGCGCCUCCCUCUUUCGACGGCACCACCAUGCGCUUCGUCGUGGAGCACCGGUGAUGGGGCGCCGGCCGGGAGAGAUGCUGCUGCUGGAACGACGGGCACAAAGAACAAGAAUUUGUCUCCCUUAAUUUGAAAUGUAUUUGGUAAUUCUAAAUUUUUGUUUAAAUAGCUCUCCUCUAAUGUAUUUCUCAUGCAUUGCUUUGUGCAAAACAUGUGUUACAUUGUUUUCAUGUUUGGAUAAGCUGUUUCCUCAUUUUUAACUAUGUAGAAAUUUAAUUAUUCAAAUAUAAAUGAUUGAAUUGUGAUAUUUCCUGUAGGUUUUUAAAUGUAGAAACUAGUAAUUAGUAUACUGUGCAAUACACAGCUAACUACAAGUUACCUACAAAUGCUUAUAUAGAAGCAGGAGCCCUUAUUGCUUUUGAACAAAAAACAAGUUUGAGUGAAGAAAUAAGAUGCUGGUGUAGCUUUGCAGAUACCUAUUUGCAGGAUUUUUUAAAAAGCUUGGAAAGCUUGAAUUAUUACUCCAAUCUGUUUCUCUGUUUUAAAAAAAGUGGUUGUAGGGUUGUUUUUAUACAUAAAUAUAUGUAUGUGCAGUUUAUUCUUAAAGUUAUUUUAAUCCAUUUUUGAUAUCCCUCUAUUAUUUUGGAGAAAACAUAUCUAAAAAUAAAAAGUAAAAAUUUCUUUUUUCUUAGUUUUGCUAAAAUAUUCAAAUAUAUUCAGAAUUUGCCAAUAAUAUCCAAUUACGUUAGGUUUAAGUAGUUCCCAUUGAAGUUAGUUUUAAUUUAGGGUUAAUCUUCAAUAGCAACUGAAUUAGGAUCUCAUUACAUAAUAGGUAUGGAGUCAACUAGUUGAGUUUAGUUCAAACUAGCUAAACCCAGGUUGGUUAAAUCCAAUCAGCUAUGAAUAGCUGUAGAGCAUCCAUAGCUAUCAAGCAAACAUCAGCCCUACAACAGUGUAUUUUAGUCCUCAAAAAAAGUUUUGAAAAAUGCCCAAAUCUUGCAAGUUCUGCGGAAUUCCAUGAAAUUUCAGCACUAUCAUAUGCGGGACUGCAAGAUUAUUCUGGCAAAAAAGAGUGUGCUAAAUUUUAGAAAUCUUCAGAUCUUGCAUGAUUUCAGGCAAUUUGGUGGGGGCAAUGCCACCGCACAAAACUCUGAUGAGGAUAUUUUAGGAACAAAAAAAGAUUGGUGAAUCCUGAGUUAAAUGUAUUGAAGAUCCACUGAAAAUUAGGUUAUUUUAUUUAAGUUCCUUUGAAUAUGAAGCCUAAUUCUGUAGAUGUUUACUUGGAUUUAAAUCCUAUUUUUUUUAUGGGGGCUAACUGCCAAAUGCAUGCAUAUGAUUCAGUUCCUAUUAUUUAUAGAAAUAGAGUUAACAAUGUAUGUAUUUUAUUUAAUGGCUUUCCCCUAAAACCAAUUGUGAAAAUAACUGAAGAUAUAGUUCUUUAUAGUU